GCGCAGAUUUGCAGCUAGAUUUGAAGGUUGCCGGAUGGGCGACCUUUCAAGUCUCGCGGUAUGUUAUUUCGUACAUUAUUCCUGCAUGUAAUACUACUUUGUGGAAACAUCAGGAGUAUUUUUCCCAUUCAGUGGUCACUAUUCAGCAUGGUUCAUUCACAAAUGUUUCGAUCAAUGGACUUGUGUAUGUUGAAGUUCAAAAUAUUCCUCUGGGCAGCAAAUUUAUUGUUUACCAGCUUCACAGUCCGUUCAACCCACUUCUGGUAUCUGUAUCUCCCUCAUUUACCUACGAUGCCUCUCAGUACUCAACUCACAGUGGACUGGCCAGUUUUACGGAAAACAAAACGACCACGACUUUCUACGUUUAUUCCUCUUAUGCCAUCCCGCUCACAGCGUGGGUUAAAGCCGUUGCUUAUGGACCAGAAUUUCCACUACCAGGCGGAUGCGGACGCACUGCACACGUCGGUGUUGCUAGUGCAGCUGUCACUGCGGAUAUCAUAACUCGAAGUAUAAAUGUUUCAGGACUAACUUCGAAGCGCAUUGACCUGUUGAGCUACUGGACAUCCUCACUUCAAUUUUAUGCAGCUUCAGUGCCUAGCAAAUCUAAAGACUUUGUAUGCUCAGACAUGAAGGAUUCGGAUAAACCUGCUGACAGUCUAGUUUACCAUGUGUACAGCACACCCUUAAUAACUGCUGGAGGUUCAUACGGAGCUGUUAUAAAUCCUACUCCGGAUGAAGUUGCUGUCGUUAUAGAUAAAAUGGCAAACUUCGGUCAUCCAUCAUUUCGUGGCAUUUAUAUACAGUCCUUACGGCAGAGUGAGCUCAUUCCAAAUGAUGAAUUCAUAUCUAAUAUACUUGUAUCUCGCCGACCAGCAACAGCAUACGUUGUAACAAUUGUUUUAGAGUACUCAGUUUCUGGAGGUACUUGGAAAAUACCUUACGUUCCUGUUAUUCUCUUUGGCUGUCGUACUCAAAAUGUGGCGAAUUUCUAUCGCGUUGCAUAUGGCCAACCCAUUUUUAACGCCAGUUCUUUUAUAGAUUGUGGUAUUCUUCCUAAAGAUACACCGAUUGUUCUUUUCCCUAUCGCCGUUUUGCUUAUUGCAAGUUUCUUGUACGCUACGUCAUGUAAUGUCUGGAUCUGGCCUCGUGAGUUUGUUUUUGAGUUAAUAUGAUGACAUAUGUUUGAAACUAUGUACCUGUUAGUAACCAGAUGAUUUUCUACACCCCAAAAAGUUCUACAUUCUUUUGUUUUUCCCUUCACCGUUUACCAUCUAUAGGAAAUAAUGUUACCAUCAAAUGCUUCGGAAAAACCACUUUGCAAUUUUCUACCAGUGGUGUGAGUGAAUUCAAGGCUGCUUCUUCUCGAGGAGUAUACUUUUGAACUAUCAUGAAGCCCAAAUAUAUGCUGAGUUCACCUUGCAUUUUUAUACUCAUAAAUAUUGUCAUCCUAGGCAGAGAUAAAGAAGUUAACAAGGAAUCUGUCGUAGAAGUGCAUCAAUUAAAAUUUGCCACCUCACAGUGACAUGCAAAGAAGUAGAUGAAAGCAGAAUUACAUUAAAAUAUUUAAAAAUGUGUAAAUGGAGAGGGAAUAAAUUAGGGUUAGUCAAAAUGUUCCAGAUUUCGAAGUUGUGAAAAAGUACAAGUCAUCCUAAACUGGUUGACGUAAGCUUGUUUAUUGCACACAAUAUUGCAGUUGAACACCAAGUCAAGCGAAAUUCAAGACUAACUGUCGGAAACCCUGAAAUUAUAAGUGAACUUAGGUUGCGAUUGUGAGUAAAUAUGCUUGCGACUUUGAUGAUCUUACAACUAAGUAUUGAGCUUUGCAAGUUUCCUGCUAUCUCUUGACCCUCAGCUUUUUUGUGGCGAACAGUAAAUAUAAUAGUAUGCGUCCUCAUGUGACAAACAAUAUAGCAAUUGUACAAGAACUGCCAUGUCUGGUAGUCAGAACCGCAUCUGGUGAAAGUCGAAAGCUAUUCCACGCCAUCUGAGUUAUUGACAGCAGAAAACCUAAUGUGUGUGAGGUCUAUGCGGCAGAUGAUCUAUCGAUCAACAACUUUCAGAGGGGCGUGGAACGCCGAAUGGAAAACUUGAAGGUGCUGAUUAGCUGACCUCAUCCAAAAACUUAAACCCAAGUCUCUGUAGUCAGUUAACACUGACUUAUCUAAUAAAUUGGAGAGUUGUAAGGAACUCAUUAUAGAUUUGAGACUAAUCAGGGAAUUAACUAUACAUUUUUCCAGAUCGGCUGUCUCAUCACUGGAAGGAGACCGUCGUCGGUCUCAUCCUUGGUAAAGGCGUAUGCGAUGUAUGUGACAGUUCGUUGUGUGGUGGUGUAGAGUCGCUACCAGGAAAAUACCUUUCCAACUUUGAGUAUCGGUAUGAUGCGGCUUUGAUGCCUGACGACCUAAUAGCUACUCGAAUCACACUUAGCUGACACUAAGCUAAUUGAUAAUUAUUAGCAUUUUCGUGUGCCGGUAACUAUCCGGUUAGUCACCGUUAGAAAGCACCCGUACCAUUCUCCUCAUCGGGCUUCGCUUGAAACGACCUUGUAGCUGUAUUUUUGCUACAUUUUUUUGGAUGCAGAUAUACACGUGUUCAAAGCAAUAUGCAGUUGCUGUCCAGUAGUUAUUGGCCCCAGGAGUAGAAAUUGUUCAUUGACCUUCACCAGUGGUAAGUGAUAGCUAUAUGAAAUAUGUGUUCACCAUCGAUGUCGGUGGACACCACGUCAGACAUUGUCCCUCUUUAUGUCGAGUUGGCGAUUGCUAGAAAUGGGUGGUGGUUUGAGUAUAUUUGUAGCAGCUGAUCCCCAGUAGUCGUUCGUUCGACUGGGAUUCCCUAAGUACCAGCCAAUUGCCUUUCUGUUUGGCUUUACCUUUCUACCUAUGCAUUUACGUUCUUCGCCGAAACAAUCGUAUGUGAACGUUUGGCUUUCAGUAGGUGGAUAAACAAGUUUAGGUAAAGGUUUUCUCCCACUCCUUUGGAACCUUCCUGACGAGUCAAGUAGAGGUUACCUAGGCCAUCCGGUCACACAGUCCAUUACGACCACCUUAACUGAUCGAAUAUCAUUUUCAGGUACUUCAAGACGAAGAAGAACUUCGUCAUAGACGUGAACAUGGAGGUCUUCUAUUCUCCACCUGACCUUACAGGAAUUGACCUGGUUACAGAAGAUUCACUAGUAAAGCUAGACUACAUGGGUGAUACACUUUUGGUGAAGUGAGGCUGCUCAUAAAAUGCAGUCUAGAUACACUGGUUGGCAGUUUGAGAAUGUUUUGGAUCAGAAUGAAUUAGAGAAAACAUCAAAUGCUGGUUAUACAGUGGAUAUACCUUAUUGUUAUCUCCCUUUGUGGCCAGCUGUAGAACUUGACACUCAAACCUUCAUAAUAUUAAUUAUUCACUCUGUCUGACCUGCUUCUUUGUAGCUAUUAUUUGAUAGCGCGUAGUGAUAUACUAUGACUUAGCACGACGAUCGUUGUUGUCAGCAUCACUGACAGUAGAGUUGUAAUAUGCAAACCUAACCAACCCACACAUCAACAUAUCAGCUUUUGAUCGGUUUAAGUGACCGAAUAGUGUCAUGAGUUAUCACAUUAGUUAGGUUAUUGUUCAGAUAGUUGAUAUAUUGUUUCUCAGGUGGUUAAAGAAUGAUGAAAACGCUCUGAAUUUUUUCGAUAGUACUUAUUUCGAAGCUAGGUUAUGCAUGCAUUUUGCAUUAUUUUGCAAUUAUUACGUACGUCAUAAUAGGCUUCUAUUUGUUUGUUCUUUUGCAUCAGUGCAUGAUAUAUGUCAGAAAUGACGUCAUUUUCGUCUGAUCAAAAAAUCCAUUUAUUUCCUGUAGAACAUGGUUGUGCAGUCAGUAUGAUGAUUAUGGGGUCAGCUAUUGGAUUGAUUUUCUUUUACAGAUUUUCAGAUAAUUUCAGUGAUACCUAUGUUAUUUUGAUCGUGAGUGCCCUUCUGCCGGCUUUCAUUGCAUUAUUUGCUUUUGUGGUUCUGUGGUGGUAUUGUAUUCGUCCUACAUUAUAUUAUCGCCGUAUGUUUGGACGAGGUCCUUUGGUGAAGGUGGAGAAUCCAACAUCUGUUCUUGUCAAUGAACCCUGGGAUUCUGAUGUACUGGAUUAUAACCGUCCGAAUGUUGGUGGGCCGUCGGGAUUUGGACUACCGAUUGAAUACACACCAAUAGAUACUGUUAAUGCACUGCCUCCAGUUCAAGAAGAAGUUAAUGUUACCUCAGAGUUUUCAAUUAAUAAUGCAGUACUUCAACAUUUCUCAAAUAAUUAUCACUCAGCCAAUCCCAUUCAACCUACUAUAGGUGACGAUGAUAAUCAAGGCGACAGUUGUUUUCGGAUUUGCGGUAUACAACUGUUUCGGAGGUCUAGAGAUUAUCAAAAAUCUGCUGACAGUUUACUUCGUCCAUUUAAACCCUUCAAAUUAAGACCUCGUCGUUUUGCUCGCCUUCCUCCUGUUCUACCCGCCACAUUUAUCUUCGUCGCCUUUCUCGCGGUCUCUCUUGCUUUGCCUAUUGGUUUGCUGAGUUUUUUCAAAAAUUUCGCAUUUGGUAUAUCAACUGCGUUUGUUGGCUUUUACAUUACCUUGUGCUGUGCAAGCUUUUUUCUCAUACCAAACUCUUUACUACCACACAUUGUGAUUGAAUACUUUUUGAUGCUUACCUGGUUCGAUGUAAGACUGCAUACUUUACGCAUUGAGUUCUAUGGUCAAUAUGAUAUUCUUGUUCUUGUUAUCUGGUUUGUUGGAAGUGUUUGUUUCGGUCUGUUGACAUUAUGUCUGAUACGCUUACAAGAUGCACGUGAAUUAACUGAAUUUCAACACUACAACACAUUAAAUACAGAGCUGCCAUAUACCAGUACAUAUGUUUUGAAUCGUGCCAAUACUGUUAGCGAUAGUUAUCCUUCAUUGAGUGGUGAUGCUAAGCCAAGUUCAAAAACCCUGUGUUAUGUACCACAUAUAGUUCAUGUGUCUUACUUAAAUGCAAAUGUAAAUUCUGCAACUAGUUUGGAUUAUUCACAUUCACCUACAAUGCUGCAUGAAAAUAUGCAUACUGGAAGCACGGCAGAUGAUAAUGUAGUUGUUGAUUACCAGCGUCGUUCAUUCAAUCUGCCUACGUCAAAAGUUUUGACAGAAAAUCAACCAUUAUUAAAAAGCCGAUAUUACACAAAUUAUGGUUGUUUAAGUAGCAGUAGUACUGGAUCUCGACGUUUACUACCUUUGAGUAGAGUUCAGUUGGGUACUGCCUCACAGCCUUUACCAUUCGGUUCAUUAUCAUCACCAUCAGUUUUACCUUACAAAAUGGAUUCAAUGCAGCCAAAUAUUUCAGGAGAUGGAGUCAAUUUUUCUUUCACUUUUCUUACAAUGAACCAAAUACAUAAAAUUCAUAUUGUGUAAUUUAUUUUUUAAAUAAUUUUAUCCAUUUACUCUUAAAUGGUAGUAUUAGCCUUUUUCAUUAUUACUGGUUACUUUUUACUGAGGUGUAUUCUUCUGUGGACUUGAUGUACGGUACAUUCUACGCAUAUAUAUAGUGAUUUUAUUAAUAUCAGAGAGCAAAAAGGUGGAUAUUUAAAUAAAAUGCUUUCAUUUUAUAACUUCUGUUUGACACUAUCGUCUUUCGACAUCUCUGCUUGGAACUGGAUAUAAUACACUAUUG